AUGCCAAGCAGACCCCCCCCAUAUAACUUGGUUAUCCAGGGGGGGUUUGGCCUGGGUGGCGUCCGGUAUAACCGUGUUAUCCGGGGGGGUCAUGUUAUAACGCCGCUAACGCGCCCCCUGGAUAACAAUUGUUUUCUCCUACCACUUACUCCUCUAAAAUAUCCCGUUGCCAUUCGCUCUCUAUUUCCUCAUUCGCCCUUCCGAUUCGUCUAUCACCCUUGGGCUGCAGAGUUUCUUGUGGAAACCAACGGCAAUUGUGCAGUAAACAUUGCCUCGCCUGACAUGGAUCAGUAUUGUUUAGAUCUGGCUCACCAGAUUCUACAGCAAAUUUUCACCGCUUGCAUUUAUAAAGCACUUGUUUUGGAGACAGGCAGACCGUGGACUAAGAUGCGGAUUUGCCCAUUCGACCCUCUCUACCUUUGCUUCUACAAUGGUAAACGCCGUCUAUUUGAGAGAAUACUCCAUCAAUGGCACAAUGGCACAAAUCUGUCCAAUUAA